AUGGCAACCGGCGGAACAUCGUCACCAACUUCUGCUGGUCUUGGUGGACCCUCAGUGAUGGAUCUAUCGAAAGAAAAAACGAAUGGCACAAGGUUGGGAAGACUGAUUAUUGACGAAGGAACAAAAGUUUUAAUGAAAUUCUUGCAUUCCAUGCAUCCAGAGUCAACCUUACAGAACGCAUUGAACAACAAUCGCCCAAAGCUCGAAGAGCUGAAACGAAAGCGAGUAAUAUUUGAUGAGCAAUGGGAUAAAUUGUUUCCUUCCUCAGGUAAACCGUCAGACUCGAAAGACUUUGAUAUCACGCUUCUACACUUACUGCUUCGUGAAAUUUGUCAUCUAUCGGCUCCUUCGACUGGAUGGCACAAAAUGCCUGCCGACUCUGAUGCCAGCCCUGAAGCCAGCAUCGUGCGUAUCAAAUGCUAUAGAAAUGAGCUUUGCCACAGUGUUUCUACUGGAGUUCCGAAUGACGAAUUCGAAGACAAGUGGUACAAAAUAUGUUCGUCUUUAGAAGUACUCGAGGUUGCCGUCUAUCGGAAGAAACUUCAGUUCUUGAAGAGUGUUACCAUCGAUCACGAAGCUCAUUUGGUUGAAGAGGAACUCGAACAGUGGAGGAGGGAGAAAGAACUUGAGAAGAUUGGAAAAGUCUCUGAACUCUCCAGUUGUCUUCCUGAUGACUUGUCAGAAGAACAUAUCAUCGGCCGUGGUGAUCAAAUACAAGACAUCAAAGGAAAAGUUGAAAGUGGAACGGCUCCUGUAAUUCUGAUCACUGGUGGACCAGGAUUCGGAAAGACGACCGUAGCAAAGCGAGUGGCAUGUGAAUUAGCCAGACUACAAGAUCGAAGAACUGUUUUCUUUUGUAGCUUAUUAUCAAAGAAAACGUUUAACGAGGUAACCAUGGAAAUGUUUAAUUCAUGUAAUAAAGUAGUUAACACGCAAGUGCUGGAGAAUCCGGGGCAGUGGCUCAAAGACUGGAGUAAACAGAUCCAUGACCAGGUCACUUUUGUUCUUGACAAUGCAGAUGGUGUUCUCGAGUCUGACGAUCGUGAACCAUUUCUUGAAACCUUACGUGAUGUGAGAAAGUUAUCGCGACGAAAUGUCACAUUUGUAAUCACUGCGAGAACAACAUUUGAAAAUCCCGACUUGCCGUUAAAAGAGGUUAGGCUACCCCCGUUGUCGACUGAACAAGCCAAAAAUCUCCUUGUUUCUCGGCUUCGCUCUUAUAAACAGGAUGUUCAACACGAGCUAUGCAAAGCAGAGCAACUUGUCAAAUUAUGUGGCUGUGUUCCCCUGGCACUGUGCAUUGUUGGAUCUCUGCUCUCAGAUUUCACGGAAGAAACACUCAUCAAAAACCUCGAGAGAGAACCACUGGCUGUCCUCGAGGACGAUCAUGGAUCUGUAGAAAAGGCAAUAAAGACGUCUUUCGAUCUUCUGACAGAGGCUGAACGAGAAGCCUUUGUUCUUAUGUCCACUUUUCAAGGUUCGUUCAGCUCAGUCGCUGCUGAGGCUGUUAUGAAAGCAUGCUCUAUCCCUGGAAUUUGGCCGAUCAAGAUUGUUCGUUCCUUGAAGAGAAAAUCGCUCAUAGAGCAGCCAAGUUCCCGAAGAUAUCAGAUGCAUCCACUCAUUCACUCGUAUGCAAGGAAGACCGGUCUAGAAAAUGAUCCCGACCUUUUAGCUGGAGGGGAAAAAUUGGCCUGUGUCCACUUCAUUUCUUGUCUAGCGAACAAUGCCAACAUGUAUUGGAGAAAGGACAGCUGCAAAGAGUCUCUUGAUUUAUUUAACGAGGACAGGGACAAUUUCGAGUACUUUUUACACAUCUACGCUCAGAGAAGGAAGGACCAGGAUGAGAAAAUCGCGGAAUGCUCUGAGACCUUUUUGGAAAGUUUUCCACAGAAGUACAUGUAUUUGCAGAAGUGUCUCCCUCCAAAGAUCUACGCUGAUAUCCUUGAACAGUUACUGGACACGUUUGACUCAGUUCUUGAACCGGUAAACUUUGUGGAACUUUCGUGUGCCCUUGGACACGAAUGUAGGAAAAAAGAUCAGAUGAAGUACAAUGAACUUAUGCAGAAAGUGGAGAGAAUUUACUCUUCAAACUCUGAUGAGUUUGACCGAAAUCCGUUGGCAAAGGUCUACUUUCAUAACAGUUAUGCACGCUUCCUUUCCGAUAAAAAAGAUCCCAGUGAAAAGCAAAGAAUUGAGAGAGAGAAUCAAAUUGCUUUAGAUGUAUGCUAUGAAAGUUUGGGUGAUCGUCAUCCAGAGACAGCAGCUACUCUUCUCCUUACAGGAAUAAUUGCACAACGCCUUUGGAAUCUUGAUGUAGCUAAAGAAAGGUUAACAAAGGCGUUAAAACUAUUUCAAGAGGUCCUUGGUAAACAUUUUAUGACUGCUGAAACCCUGAAAGCUAAAGCAGACCUAUUGCUCGCUCCCGAUAAAUCUGUCACCGACUUGAAACCUUGCCUUAAGUAUUAUGAAGCAGCUUUGGAAAUGUUUGAUCAUCUAGGAGUGGGUGGAAGCAAGGAAAGUAUCUUGCUAUUAAAGAACUUUGCGAGCUGUCAUACGACAAGUGGCAACUUUGACGAGGCAAUGAAGUUAUUUAGGAAGGCAGAACAGGUUGCAGAGCGAGAACUAGAGAAAAAUCACACUUGGAAAGUCUCGAUAAAGACUUCACUGGGCUUAUUGCAUGAGAAAAUGGGUAAAGUGGAGUUGGCGAAAAAGGCGAUGCUUGAAGGACUGUUAAUGCACAAAGAACUAGGACUUGCAAUGGACAAGAUAGGAAACAAACUCAAGAUUCGGAAAUUUAUGAAUCGAUAUCCGAAGACCUUCCCCGAGACUGAGUUUCCAAGUAAGUACAAGGUUCAUUUUCCAAUUACGUAUUACAUCGUCAUAAAGCUGCUUGACUGUGGAAGAGGUCUGAACGAAAUUUUGGAAUACUUAUCCAGUGGCUACUGUGAAUGAGGAAGUUGUUGACUCCACGAUCAAUAAAAAGUACAUAGAUCCUUUUCAAGUACACGUUUCCAGAAACAUAUUUUUGUGGUUCAAAACUCGUAACUAUCGUCAGUACGAUAAUUCAUUGUGAACUGAAACGCCAUUAUUUCCGCCCCUAUCUCAUCCAAUCGAAUAUCAGUUGAUAUUCUCGUCUGAUUCUAAAAACGCUGUACAUUUAAGUGUGAUUGCGUCUGGACACUUCGUCAUGAAUGUUGCAAAGCGAUGUACAUGAUCUUUGUGUUUGAUAUUCUAAUUGGGUGUAUUUAUAUUACCCUUGUAAGUAAAUCUGCUUACUUUUCAUACCUAGAGGAAACUUGAAUCUACGAAUGCUUUAAGUCAUAAACAAACGAAUCCAAAUAUCUACUUUUGUUUGUAAAUUUCAGGAAACGUUUCCGGGCGAACUGGCCAUUAAGGCAAACAUUCAAGCAAAAAGUCCAAGGCUGGAUCACCAUAAGAAGGGGACAAAGAAAUGUUAGUGGUGACAAGAAAGAACUUUAAGAACAAUGUGGUAUUCUACUUUUUGCAAACUGACGACCGAAACAAAGGAAGAAGAGGGAAGGGAAAUAAGUAAUGUCAUUAACAACUCGCAAAUACCCGACAGUCGUAGGUCGUACUUUUUUAGAACAAUUUAUUUCAGUAUUACAGAUCGAACGAGCUGAAAAAAAAAUCAUUGCUGACCCACAAAAAUAGAAAAUGUUUAAAACUUCAGUGUUUUGCAAUUUAUGACAACACAAUUUUGUAAGGAAAAUUUUACUAGAAGACUUGUAUGCGUAUGAAACGUUUUAGUUCAUUAAAUAAUGCUCGGUGAAUAUCUUGGUUGCAAAUCACCAGAAUUAGAUUACAAACACAUGGAAGUCAAAAAUCGUUACGCGACUUCAAAAUGUUUUGAGUGUUUGGCAAAAGAUGGCAAAACGAACAGAUACUUGCUCGAGCUUUUAGCACAGUCGUACCUGUUGAAAACUAAAAAACUUUAGCGAUAACACUACUGAGCCUAAAAAAAAAAAAACUACCCCUGUCUACCUCAGACAAAUUGCAUCAUGAUUACAUUAGCUGCCUAAAGCGCUGAGGAUUUGAAUCUGACUACAUAUGCCUCGAUUUAUCGCGCCGUUUUGUGAUUCCUUGGAUAACACUUGAAUUAAGAGGUGCAGUUCACGUCACGUCACGUCACAACACGCAUAGCCUCCACUUUGGCGAUAGUUUGGACAUCUUGAUAUAAGCUCCCUAAUCUUAAACAUUUCUUGGAAAUUGCUGUCUUCUGAGAAUUAUGUUACAAAGCAUCUCCCAUUCAAACUGUCAUUUCAGCCUCAUAUUUUCUUGAGCAAAAUGGUACCAUGCAAAAGGUCGCGUUCAUUGAGAUUCCAAAACAUUCAAUUCAAAAUCGAGCUCUCGAAAAAUCAGUGACCCUUGCAGCACUGUUCGCCACAGGCUAUUAAAAACUAAGGUUAUAUUGCAAGUGAAAGGAGCCAAUAUAUAUUUUUCUUUUGCGCUCGAACGCGAUAAAUGUUUGUUCACUUGGAAGGUGAUAUUUAAGGCAACGAUGCUCGGCCUAAAUUGCAAUAAAGCCUCUAUGUAGUUUUAUGAACGGUUACUACUACAAUAUGGUUUCGUGCUCGGGCGAGUUCAGGACGACUUAUUGCCACAGUGUCUGUUUUAUUUGGUGAGUGAGCGAGUGAAUGACUGACUGACUCUUUUGAACGACGAAAAAAAUCGUUUGCACGAGUUAUAAGUAAUUAUAAUGUUAAGCUAAAGUUGAAGUUACACGAACCGUGACAUUAAGCUUCCCAGAAACAAACAUCUCGAAUAUCCAGCCUUGCAUGACACUUAAAUCAUGCUUUGACAGUCUCAUGCACGACAGACACAUGCAAAUUGACUUAUUAUACACCCAUAAGUCCAAAGAUCUUUCUCGGAAACUAGAUCAUCUCCUUUUUCUUAGAACUUUUUACCUUCUUGUAAAGUGGUUUGAGUUCAUUAGGCUGAUUAAUGUGUUUAAGGAUGGCGACUCCGUUCGCUUGUUUUAAGAUGCGAUCAUGAAUCCGACAAACACACCCACGCAUCGGUGAGGUAAGCUUAUUCUCUCAUUUUCCAAACGAAAUUUCCAUAAAUACUUGUCUUGCCACCAAGACCAUUCCUCGAGUUAAAACACGAAAGAUAAUGGCUGGCACAGCCUCUACUCCUGUUUCUCCUGUUUCUUCUGGAUCUUCUGUGCUAAAUGUAUCAGAGGAGAAAACGAAUGGCACGAAGCUAAUGCGACUGUUGGUUGACGGAGGAACACACGUUCUUCGCAAUUUAUUACAUUCUGUCUACCCAACGGAUAAAUUACAAGUCGUAUUAAACAACAACAAGGCAAAGCUUCAAUUGCUAAGGUCCAGAGGUGUAAUAUUUAAAAACCAGUGGGAAAUGUUAUUUCCUGCCUUAGGCGAUCCACCGGACUCAAAAACGUUCGACAUUUCACUUUUACAUCUCUUGCUUCGUGAAAUUUGCCAUCUUACGGCGCCUUCAACCGGCUGGCACAACAUGCCUGCAGAAGAUGAUAAUAGUCUCGGAGCAAACAUUACCCGCAUCAAAUGUUUCCGAAAUGAGCUGUGUCACAACGUCUCUACCGAAAUUCCAAACGCUAAAUUCGAGGACAAGUGGAACGAGAUAGCAUUGUCUUUAGAGGCAAUUAAGAUUUGUGUUCUACAAAAGGGACACGUAGAGGAAAUGGAAGCACUGAAAAAAGAUCCCAUUGAUCACAAUACAAAGCGACAUUUGGAGGAACUAGCUAAAGAAUGGAACAAAAUACAGGAACAAGAAAGGAUUCACUCGUCAAGUUUUAGCCCUCGCAGCUGUUUACCGGACAUAAUACCAAAAAAAAAUGUAUUUGGCCGUAACCAAGAAAUAGAGCUUGUCACGAAAAUGGCUGAGGGUGGAGACAUCCCUGUUGUCCUUGUUACUGGUGGACCUGGAUUUGGAAAGACGACUGUGGCUAAACGAGUGGCUCAUGAAUUAGAAAUUUCAGAGAAGGAAGGAACUGUACUAUUUUGUAGUUUACAAACGAAAUCAACUUUAAAUGAAGUGGCCAUAAGAAUGAUCAACAUAUGUGGUUCAGUCAGCACACAAGUACCAGAGAAUCCGGGGCAGUGGCUAAGAGACUGGAGCAAACAGAUUCAAAGCCAGGUCACGUUCGUUCUUGAUAACGCAGAUGGCGUUCUUGACUCGGGCGAUAGAGAGUCAUUCCUGAGCCUUUUAUGUGACUUACGAAGUCUAUCGAGGCAAAAGGUAACAUUUGUUAUUACUACAAGGAAAACAUUUGAACAUUCCGACUUGCAGCCAAAAGAAGUCAGGUUGGACCCUUUGUCCAAGGAACAGGCAAGAGAUCUCCUUGUUUCCCGAGUGCAAGUCUAUGAAGGUGCUUCACAGAAACUUUCCAGGGUAGAUUACAUUGUUAGUGAUCUAUGUGGCUGUGUUCCUUUGGCACUUUGCAUUGUUGGUUCUCUUCUUUCAGAUUAUUCCGAAGAAACACUCAUAGCAAGCCUUGAAAAGGAACCAUUAGCUGUCCUAGAAGACGACCAGAGUUCUGUAGAAAAGGCCAUUAAGACUUCGUUUGACCUUUUGGAGAAACCCGAACAAGAGACUUUCAUUCUCCUGUCUUUGUUCCAAGGUUCAUUUGAUAUUGAUGCAGUCCAAGCUGUGACGAAGGCCGAAUGUUCGAUCUCUGGGGCUUUGCCAAUCUCCAUCCUGCGCUCAUUAAAAAACAGAUCUCUUGUGGAAAAGCCCUAUGCCCGCCGAUAUCAGAUGCAUCCGCUCAUUCAGUCAUACGCAAAGAAGAUUGGUCGUGAUAGGUAUGACGAGCUUUUGGCAAUGGGCGAAAAACUGGCUUGUAUACACUUCAUGUUGCGCCUCGCGAAGAAUGCCAAUAUUUACUGGAGUAAGGACACAUGCAAGGAUUCCCUUGUUUCUUUUCAAGAAGACAAGAACAAUUUCGAGUAUUUUCUUCAAAUUUACGCCCGAGGCAGGGAAGAACAAGAUCAAGAGAUCGUGAACGGCUGUAAACUCUUUCUAGACAGUUUUCCGCAGAAGUGGAUGUAUUUAGAAAGAUGCCUUCUCCCACGAUCUUACACUGAGAUUCUUGAGAAGUUACUGAAAACUUUUGACUCUCGUAUCCAACCGGUGCACACUGUGGAUCUUUUGUGUCUUCUUGGACAUGAAUACAGGAAAAAAGGACGAAUAGAAAGGUACAAGGAGGUUAUGGAUGAAGCGCAUCGAAUUCUCUCAGGGAAUACUGCUGCAUUCCAUACAAAACCGUUAUCUGAAGUCUACUUUCACAACAGUUAUGCUCGAUUCCUUUCGGAUAAAAAAGACUCAAAGGAAAACGCAAGGAGGGACAAAGAGACUGAAAUGGCUCUAAAGGUCUGCCAUGAGAGACUGGGAAAAAUGCACCCAGAGACAGCAGCAACUCUCUAUCUCUCAGGAAUCAUCGCAAAGCGCAAUAAAAAACCCGAGCAAUCUGAGCAACAGCUCCAGGAGGCUAAGUCAAUUUUUCAGAAUUGCCUCGGCACACACUUCAUGACUGCUGAAACUUUAAAGGCCAUCGCAGACCGCCUUUUUUUUCUUGAAGGGAAGAACAAAAAUUACUCGAAAAUGUGCCUUGAGCAUUAUCAAGCAGUCGUGGAGAUGUUCGAGAAACUUGGAGCGGGCGGUAGCAAAGAAAUUGUUUUGACCCUAAAGAACUUUGGAAUGUGUCACAUGAAAAAGCACAAUUUUGAAGAAGCAAUGGUCUUACUAAGAAAGGCACAACAAGUUGCCGACCGAGAACUAGAAGAAAAUCACAAAUGGAAAGUCGGGAUAAAGACUGCGUUGGCUAUAUUGCAUGACAAAAUGGGAAAACAAGAUAUGGCGAUAGACGAAAUGCAAAGGGGACUGCGAAUGGCAAAAAUAUUUGACCUGUCAAUAGAUCGCAUGGGAGACAAAGACGACAUAAUAGACUUCACAGGACGCCAUCCGGAGGAAUUCCCAGAGUCUGAGUUUCCAAGUAAGUAAUGUUUUCACUUUCUAGUCACCUGGAGGAUCUGCUCGAGGAGAUAUUUUAAAAUAGAAAUCAGUCCUGAACCCAACUUGGCGCUCUUUGAUAUCGCUUUCCACUCGUUUUAGGAAAACCAUAAGAAGAGGUUAGAAAUCUAAUCUUGUCACAAGGGAGCAAGCGCGUGCUACAACUUUUAAUGCAAAUUGCAAGUGCCCCUUUCACUGCUUUUUUUUUAGCCAAAAACGUGCUUCCGCACUAACUGAUUACGUUGGUAUUUAUGAUGUCAGUUAAAAAGUCAGUUUUUUACAUUCCUGGACAUAAUGCUAUGCAUAAGCAGUAUAUUUAAACGGCUAUUUCAUCGUACUUAUAAGUGACUUUGUACUCAUUUUAUUAAAUUAUGCGUUUUAAGACCUUUUAAACCUCAGUUUUUUCAUUGGAAGUUAAAGGUGGCAUGCUUGAAGUUCGAGCCCAGACCGGAAAGAAUAACCCGAAAAAAAUGAUGGAUUGGUCACCUGAUAACGCAUAGCACCUGAUCUGAAUUUCAACAUUCUUUUAUGAAUAAAUGUGAAUAGAAACGUCUUUUAUUUGUGCUUUCACCUCCUCAGGCACGCAUGUCGAACUUUAGGUAAAUAAAGGGCGUAAAAGGUACUUGGAGUUUUUAUCGUGAGCUCUUUUCCCAUUAAUGAGAAGAAACUUGCACCCCUAUCAAAUCAGUGUGCCGUGAUAAUUCAUGCAUACUGCGCUUUUACUUUCAGGAAGUGUUGCCAGUCGAACAGGCCAUCGAGUUGAACAGCCCCACUUUCCCAGAAAGUGGAAAGGUGGCUUUGGAAGAGGAAGGAAUCAAUCAGAGAAUUGAGGAAAAAGGUUGUUUACUGAUG